GCGCGCCCCACCGCCGCCGCCGCCCGCCGCCGCCGCCCCGCGCUCCCAUGGCGCUGAAGCGCAUACAGAAAGAACUAAGUGAUCUGCAGCGUGACCCACCAGCCCACUGUUCUGCUGGACCUGUUGGAGAUGACCUGUUUCAUUGGCAAGCAACUAUUAUGGGACCUCCAGAUAGUGCGUAUCAAGGAGGAGUAUUUUUUCUCACAGUACACUUUCCAACAGACUAUCCUUUCAAACCACCAAAGAUUGCUUUUACAACAAAAAUAUACCAUCCAAACAUAAACAGCAAUGGGAGCAUCUGUCUUGAUAUCCUGAGAUCACAGUGGUCACCAGCUCUAACUGUAUCUAAAGUUUUAUUGUCCAUAUGCUCCUUACUUUGUGAUCCUAAUCCAGAUGAUCCUUUAGUACCAGAUAUUGCACAGAUCUACAAGUCAGACAAGGAAAAAUACAACAGACAUGCAAGAGAAUGGACUCAGAAAUAUGCAAUGUAAGCUUGUGAAGACUUUUUCAUAUACUACAGAGUACUGUAAAUUCUAUUUUUUUUCAAAUUAGAAGGAAAUGGAGCACAGUUUACUGUUUCAGAGUACCAUGAUGCGCUUUUUUCCCCCAUUUUGUUUUUUAACCCGUGUAAGUGUGUUUCUGGAACAAGGGAAAACAAGCUUCUGAAAAAUAACGUUAUGACUGUGCCAAGAGUAUUUAUCUUUUUUUGUAUGCUUGCAGAAGACAUUUAUUAUGGUUUUUAAGAGUUGGACAUCUGCAUCUUCAGACUACAAGAUCCAUAAUGCAGUUGUAAAGCAACCAAAUUAUUUUUGCUGGGAAAAGUAGCUGUUUUUACGUGAUAAAUACUGUAUGUGUGUCUCUUAGAUGUUGUCUGUUUCACAAGUGUGUUCAAUCUUCAUUUUGUUAGUUCACUUAUAUAAUUUGUAUUUUUUUUUUUUACUGUAUAGACUAAAUAUUUUAUUUACUAUGUAAGUCACUUUAUUUUAGACUUACUUUCUUAUGCACAGUGUUGACAAGAUACAACUGCUAGUAAUGAAAAUAAUUGGGGUAUCCCACCUGUUAGGAUAUUCUAGAGACUGACUGCAGAUUUCUUAAAACCUAAAACGAUCUUUGCACUGUAAUUCCUAGCACGCUGAUUAUGGAGAAACACUUGGUUUUGAUUCUGUUGCAUACUUGACUUAAUUUUAUUGCAAUGUGAACUAAUUGCACUGCUAUAUAGAAAGAUAUGUAACCAUUUUGUUGCUAUUCACAACUGAUUUUUCCCUGUGGGUGACAUAACGUUCUCACAGGCCUUUUACAAAUCAAAAUGUAGCCUUUUCCAUAUAAAUAAAAUGCAUUUUCUACUACUCCUCUUGGCUUUUUCUUUUUUUUUUUUUUUCUAACUCAUACAUAUCCUUAAAGUGCUUUCUCUAACAUUUGAAAAUCAAAAUAUUAAGUAUGCAUGUGUAUUGUAGGCAGAGGGGGAAUAAGGCCAUGCCUCUGAUAUUACUGCAAAGUUUGUUAAGGUUAAUUUGUAUGCUAGCUUUAUAGCAUUUACUUAGCAAGCUAUAACCAUUGCUUUAUAUAGGACUUCAACUAAUUUAAUUGAGAAUUAUACAUCUGUUUACUGAGGAAAUACCACAAGUGUUUGGGCACCAAACACUUUACUUAAGGUGGUGUAUUUGCAAUAUUGGAAUGUUACAGUAAAUUUCUUACAAUUGAAGCUAAAUUAUCAACUGUUACUUCAGUUGUUUCAGACUAUUCAUAUAGCAAACCAGUGGCACUGGGGAGAAGCAAUCUUUUCUUAUAAAAUGCAUUAAAAACAGAAGAAUUUUCAUUUCUUAACAUAAAUUCUCUAUAGGUAUCUGUAAAUAAAAAUGCAUGACUAACAUUUUGCUCUGUACCUUGCACAUUAACCAGAAGUGUCUUCCAGUUGGGAAAUCUGCCAUCACAGGAAAAUACAUUUUUAAGAAGACAAAAUAUUUGCUUUUUACUGCCGUGAAUGUCAAACUGGAAUCUGGGAUGUGGGAGGAAAGCAUGCACAGUCAGAUCUUUUCUCCUACCAGUGGAAUAUUUGUAUCUUCAUGCUUGCUGACUUACUGUCUAUAAUGGCAUAAGCUGGUUGCAUACCGGAAGAUGUUGCUUCUGUGCUAUGGUUUUAUCUAUGACCCUGUAAUGACUUUUGAAACAAAAGCAUGAUGGACACUGACCUUUAUUAAUCUUAAAAUGUCCCUGUUCACUUUAGGUUGUAACAGUAUUUCAUUUGUUGAAGAAAAACUUUUUUUUGGUUAUUAGAAUAAGUGCUUCACUAUACUUGAACUAGAACAAUGUAGCUAGGAAGAUAAAGCCAUUGUUAUUUAUACUUACUGCUAAAUGAGUGGUAGAAAAUUCUGACUCAGAAUGUGCUCCCAGAGCUUUUAAUUUUUCUAGGCUGUUAGUGAUGUGCUUGUACUAGACGUUAUUUAAACAUUUGCAAUAUCUGUAUUGAACUGUGUGAAACUGGAAGUUUGACUUGUAUCUCAGAAUACUCACUUUCUUUGGUUUACUGAUAUGUAUUUGGGCUGUUUCGAAAAUGUUUAUGUUCCCAAUUGCUAAUCUUUCAGUUGUAUGCCAUACAUGUAAGAAUGACUUUCCAUCACAGUGCAAGACCAGGAGGAUGAUUGAAAACUUAACAAAAAAAAAAGGGGGGGGGACUGAAGUACUUGAGACUCUGACGUACUCUGUUCACAGCGUAUUUUUAUAAAUCUUUAUGGGCAUGUUGUUCUAGAGGCAUUUAAGCUGAAGUCAAGUCUUUGCUUCUCUUAUUUCACAAGCAGAAGGUCUAAAUUAACAUCUGUGCUGAAUUUGAGCAAUCUGUCAAAGAGUUGGCCAGCCUUCGUAUACUGAAAUAACCCCCUCCAGAGUUCUGCCAAUCCCUUCACAGUAUUGUGCAGUCCUUCCUCUUGGACAGUUGAAAGGCUGCUCGAUCCUGCGAGUCUUACUGUGAUGGAAACAAGGAAAACGGUAGUUCACCCCUAGCUCUUCUGCUCCCGGUCCUGGUGGGAGCCGGUGCUCUGCCCUAUUCGCUUUUAUCCUGGCCGGUUUUGGCUACUGUUGGUCAGCUUCUCUUUCAUUGGGUUUUGGUCCGCGUGUUCUUUUCCGCCCGGUUCUAUCGCCCGAGGGCCUAAACGAAAAUAAACUUGGAAGGAAAGUGCGAGAAA